AUGACAUACCAAGCCGGUUCUGGAGCGGGUAUCCGCAAAAAACUGGUGAUUGUGGGCGACGGUGCGUGUGGGAAAACGUGUUUGCUAAUAGUGUUUUCGAAGGGCCAAUUCCCGGAAGUUUACGUCCCCACAGUGUUUGAGAACUAUGUGGCAGACGUGAAAAUGGACGGUCGUCGGGUGGAGCUGGCGCUGUGGGAUACUGCUGGCCAGGAAGAUUACGACCGGCUAAGACCGCUGUCGUACCCCGAUUCCAGCGUCGUUUUGAUAUGUUUCUCGAUCGACCUGCCCGACUCUCUCGACAACGUGCAGGAGAAGUGGAUUGCCGAGGUGUCACAUUUCUGCCAGGGCGUUCCUGUGGUGCUGGUCGGAUGCAAGGUAGAUCUGAGAGACGAUCUGCCCACGCUGGAGGCGCUGAGAGCCACCGGACAGCAUCCAGUCACGGUAGCCGAAGCCCAGGCCGUGGCAGACGCAAUUGGCGCGUGUACAUACUACGAGUGCUCUGCAAAGACCGGUUAUGGCGUGGCCGAAGUUUUCGAGGCUGCCACGCGAGCGGCGAUUGCGGGCAAGACAAGUGUCAGUAAAACCAAAACUGGCGCUACAAAGCGCAAGAAAAAAUGCGUGGUGCUGUGA